GAAAAAUGGUUUAAAUGAGGAUUUAUUGCCUGUCUUAUUAAUCUAAAGUUAAGAUGGAGGAGCCUCAAGAAUACAACUUUAAUGUAGAAGUUCUUAGCUUAUAUGCAACUGAUUUGACCAAAAUGGCAAAGGAGAAUAAAUUGGCUCCUCUCGUAGGAAGACAGAAAGAAUUGGAGAGAAUGACACAGAUAUUGUGCAAGAUGAGGAAAAAUAAUCCAUGCCUUUUGGGGGAUCCGGAGGUUGGCAAAUCUGCGAUUGUUGAAGCUCUUGCUCAGAACAUAAUCAAUGAAACCAUUCCAGAAAAACUUAUGGGGAAGAAGAUUUUCGCGGUUGAUGUGGACCGCCUUAUUGAUGGGGCAUCUGAUAAAAACAAAUUUGAGGAAAUAUUGUUUGGAAUGACUGAUGAAGUAAAAGGGAGCAAGGGAGAAGUAAUUCUGUUUAUUGAUCAGCUGCACAUCCUCGUAGCUGCUGCAAACAUUUUGUGGCUAGCCCUUGCCCGAGGUGAAAUUAAGUGCAUUGGUGCAACUAGUACAGAGGAGUACAGAUGUUACAGAGAGAAAUAUUGGGUUCUAAAGAGGCUAUUUCAACCUUUUGAAGUACGCGAGUCCACUGUUGAAGAGACAAUCGAGACCAUAAAAGGAUUAAAGACUAAGUAUGAAACACACCACAAUGUAAACUACACUGAGAAAGCCAUAGUGGCAGCAGCUAAAUUGUCACAUCAGUAUAUCAGUGAUCGUUCUCUACCUGACAAGGCAAUAGACUUGAUUGAUGAAGCCGGUGCAGGAGUUCGGCUCAAAAACUUACCAGAUACAUCUCAAGUGACAGAAGUUGAUAUACAAAAAGUUGUGGCACAGUUGACAGGAAUUCCCGUGGAGAAUUUUUCUUUAGAAGAGCUUCCAAAGCUGCUGCAAAUGGAGGAUAGUUUGCAAAAGCACAUCGUAGGACAAGAUGAAGCUGUGGUGGCAAUAAGCAAGGCAAUUCGGAGAAGCAGAGUUGGAAUCAGAGAUCCAUCACGGCCAAUAGCAAGCUUUUUAUUCACUGGUCCUACAGGUGUAGGAAAAACAGAACUGGCCAAUGCAUUGGCUGUUGAAUAUUUUGGGUCAAAAGAAGCAAUGGUGAGGGUGGAUAUGAGUGAAUACAUGGAGAGGCAUAGUGUUUCCAGGAUUUUCGGGUCUCCACCUGGAUACAUUGGAUAUGAUGAGGGAGGCCAGCUUACUAAUUUGAUACGUCAAAAGCCUCAUACCGUGAUCCUAUUUGAUGAGAUUGAAAAGGCUCAUUAUGAUAUUCUCAAUGUAAUGCUGCAAAUUUUGGAAGAUGGGAGGCUUACUGAUAACACAGGAAAGACGGUUGAUUUCAAAAACACUAUAAUAAUAAUGACUUCUAAUGUUGGGGGGGAUGUGGUUUUGGAUGGAGGCCCUAAUUGGAAGGUGAGCCAAGAACUAAAGAAAAAUUUCAGGGCAGAGUUUUUGAACAGAAUUGAUGAAGUAAUUGUGUUCAAGAAGCUGAAUGAGGAUCAGUUGGAGAAAAUUGUGGAUGUAAUGAUACAACAAGUGUCUGAAAGGGUCAAGGAGGCGAAGGACAUUGGUCUUCAAGUGACAGAGAAGUUGAAGAAGAGGGUGUUGAAGGAAGGCAGCAACCCUUGUUAUGGAGCGAGGCCAUUAAAGAGGGCAAUUGUGAGGAUGUUAGAGGACAAUUUGGCUGAUAAAAUUUUGAAUGGAUUUGUGAAGGAGGGUAGCUCAGUCAUAGCCGACGUAGACGCUGGUGGUAAUAUAAGUUUCAACUUCAAUGUUUAGAAACAAAACAUUCUGCCCGUCCUUGUUUGCUUUUCUUGAUGAUAUUAAUAAAUUUCCUUUUAUAUU